AUGAGGAUGAUGAGGACAAUAAUUACAGGGGAUCGACAGGCAUCCGAGCGUGAGGAGAAUGUUGAAGAGCCUAUUGGUGUUGAAAAUAGCGAAGGUAUUCUUGUUGCUAAUCCAUGUAUUGGAAUGAAGUUCUCUACUCAUGAGGAAGGUUAUAAUUUCUACAAUGCAUAUACCAAACUUAAGGCAUUUGGUAUUCGCAAGGGUCAUACAUCUUGGUCGAGAAAGAAAGAUGCAAUCAUAUUUAGAACGUUUGUAUGUGACAAAGAAGGCUUUAAAUUUUUAAAAGAUAAGAGAGAAGAUGGUCGAAAUGUAAUUCAAAAGUCCGAUACAAGAUGUGGAUGCAACGCAAGGAUGAUUAUUGGAGUUGAUAGAAGCACUGGAAAAUGGGUGGUUCGAAUUUUUAACAUUAAUCAUAAUGGUCAUCCAUUAACCACUCCAAAUCGGGUAAAGAAGCACUACUCACAUUAG